UUACCUAAGACAUGUUUUUUUUUAAUGAUUAAAAUCAUUUUAACUAUAACUUGAUUCAGACGAGUCUUGUGUAUCAAGUUGUAAACUUGUUUUCAAUUCCAGUUCGAUAAAAAUACAAAAGUCCCAGGUCAGACGUCCAGUGAUUGUUCAUUUCAGUCUAUUGUAGGUGAUCGAAGAAAGUUUCUUUUCUAUAUCGCGCUCAAUUCCAGAGAUAGCAUAAUGGCUUCUGCUGAAUUAACUUGUUCUUUUGCUACCGAUGAUUCGCCAUGUGGCUUGCUUGGUACAGGCUCCACAGUGGUACCUCUUGAUGCGUGUUUGGCAGACAUGACUGGACACCUCGUGAGUUUACAGGUUACGGGGAAGCGAGGACGAGGAAAGUCAGUUAUUUCAGAAAAACAGCUCAUUCUAAACCGUGCAGGAUUUUUUAACACAUCGGAAAAUGAGACGAAAAGAAUGACGAUAUGUCCAAGACAUAGAAAAUUACUUACUAUCGACUGGCAAGGUCGCAAGAAUAACUCAUGUACCUACCCCGCACACAAGGGUCAACGAGUCAAGUCAACUCGCCGCAUCAACGAGCUAAUGUCAAUGGAGAUUCAUCGGAUGUUUAAUGAAYUAGUUCCCAUUGGAUCUGCGAUAUGUACGAAUUGUAGAUUGGUGCAUUACAAACUUCGAGAUGACGAAAGUAAUCAGCUUCAUGAUACUGCUGAAGGGGAGAUGCAGCCUGCUAUCGAGCCAGUGAAACAUGAUGAACCAAGCACUUCAGCUCAAAGCCCGAUUCCUCCUGAGAUAGACGAGACUCAGCCAUCCCAGUCAUCGCAGUCAUCGCAGUCGUCGCAGUCGUCGCAUUCGUCGCAUUCGUCCCAGUCAUCUAAAACCAUUCCUGAAGGGGAGGUGAGCAUCUGGGUUGAUGAAAUUGAAGCUCAACAAGAAAAAAGACAGACCCUUAAUGAAGCUCUUGAUAAGCUGAGUAGUGGUCGGAUAAGCCCUAUAUUGUCAACGUUAAACACUACGUGGGAUGACAUAUCAAGUACCCAACAGAAGUACUAUUCGCGCAAAGCAAAAGAGUCAUUAGGCGCUGUAUUAACUAUCAUAAGCCCUGGUCAAGAAGAAGAACUGUGGAAAACAAUGAGACAAGCGGUAUCACUUGAUAUGGACACCAGUGCUUCUAACAAGCCCAUGCAAUUUGAUGGAAAAGAAGGAUUGGUUGAUGUUCUAGUAAAAGCGUAUGAAAAGGCUGAAACAUGGCAGACUCAACGGCAAAUACUUUCAAUUUUUGCAAAUGACUUCAGCAAGUCAGAACUGCAGGAACUCGUUCCUGGACUUUCUAAGUGGUGUAUAGACGCUGCUCGCCAGCACGCUAUAGACACCGGAAAAGGGCAACCUGUACCCCAUCAACAAAUAUUUCGUCAGAAAAUCGAGCAGAGUAAGAUUGACCACUUCGUUGAUUAUAUUUCACGUCCUGAAUUCGUACAAGACGUAGCAUUUGGGACGAAAACUCUGAAAUUGGAUUCGGGUGAAAAGAUUGUUAUCCCUGCUGUUAUCAGGACUUUGAUUCCCUCAAGAAUCAUUGAGCAAUACAAAAGCUAUUGUAUACAGGAAAAKGUCCAGCCAGCAAGUGAUCGAUCGCUCUUCAGAAUGCUGGAAGUAUGUGCUGCAUCGAUCCAAAAAUCCCUCCAAGGUCUAGACAGUUUUACUGCUGACGGAACAGAAUCUUUUGACAACAUUAUUAGUGCCGUGGACUCAUUGGUGGAAAAUGGCGCAGAUGAGCUGUGGGGCAAAACUGCUAAAAAGGAACUUAGAGAAGCAAAGAGAUACCUGAAGGUAGACUUCAAGGCGCACAUAGGACGAAAUGAGCACUGUAAAGACCACUGUAUUGUUUAUGCUCUGAGCGACCCAAACAAUAUCAAGUUCAAAGGAAAAUGUAGCCAUCAACAUGAUAUAUCUUGUGAAAGAUGUGAAGCACUAAGGACAGUUCUUCAAGAGGUUGUACAGAAGGRUGCUGAGGUAGACAUGACUGAAGAACAGAGACAAAGAAAAUCCUUUGAGAUAAAWGAAUAUAUACGUCGUAUCUACGCUUGGAAAUCCCAUUUACUUCGUCUUCUAAAUCAAGAUGAAGCAAAGAACAAAGCUCUUCGCGAUCUGAAAGAUGACACAGCCUUAGUCAUCAUGGACUGGGCAAUGAAAUAUUUGCCUCAACGUUARAGAGAGCGUAUGAGUGAUUUUUUUGGAAAAAAGGGUAAAAAUUGGCACGUGUCAGCAGUCAUUACCAAAAGCGAUGGUGGCUAUAAAGUUGAGUGCUAUGUGCAUCUGCUCGAUUCUUGCGUUCAAGGCGCCUUUGCUGUGACCUCCAUAGUUGAAAACCUCCUCCAUACCAUUCGAAAGGAUUAUCCCUCAGUGACAAAAGUCAACUUGCGUUCUGAUAAUGCCGCGUGUUACCACAAUGGUUCACUCUUGCUGAGUCUUCGAUACAUCUCCGAGAGAACCGGUAUCACCAUUCAAAGAUAUGAUUUCUCAGAUCCACAAGCUGGGAAAGAUAUCUGCGAUCGCAAAAUUGCAUCAAUGAAGUCUCACAUGAGGAGAUGGCUAAACGAGAAGCAUGAUAUCACUACUGCUGAAGAAAUGAAAACAGCCCUUGAAUCACAUGGAGGCGUCAAAGGAAGCCGUGCAGCAGUGGUCAAGCUGAAUACAUCUAGAGAUAAUGCAAGUGACAACAAGAUACCUGGCAUUAGUCUUCUAAACAACUUUUUGCUUGAAAAGGAUGGCAUUAGGGUGUGGCGAAGCUAUGAUAUUGGACCCGGGAACCUCAUCUUGUAUAAAGAUCUUCAAAUUGUACCACAGGAUGAUACUGCUUUAGAGGUUCUACAGAAUUUUGGCCUCAGAAUGCGUGAAUUUGGCAUCAUAGGAGCGAGACAAGAAGGCAAUCAAAAUGAGAUAUACUCCUGUAAUGAGCCUGGYUGUAUUCUUACUUUCAAAGAGCAGUCUCAAGCCGAAGAACACAUGGACACCGGAGAGCACGUGCGCAAAACAGACAAAGAAUCCCUUUACGAUUCCAUCAGGAAAGCAUGGMCGGAGAAAGUCAGCGGAAUCAAAUUUAUCAGCCAACCAGCCUCUAGUGAAAUGGCAGCAGAAUCAAGCAGCAACAGUCAUCAACAAGAGAKUUCAACUGAUGAACAACAAGCUAUGGGAUGGGCUUUAAAGACAACCAGGACCUGGACCAAAAUGUCGGAUAAAGUCAAGUCAUUCCUUGUGGAACACUUCGACUCRGGCGCUAUUACAGGCCAAAAAGCUGAACCAUCACAAGUGAGCAAGGAAAUGAAGCAUGCAAAGGAUGACAAUGGACAGCCUCUAUUUACACCAGAGGAAUGGAAAACACCUGAACAAAUUAAAGGGUUCUUCUCACGACUGUCAGCGAAAAGAAAAAUCGAGCAAGCGAGAAAGGACAUGACUGAUGAGGAAAAAGAAAUAUCAGAUGAUGAUAUUGAAGCCAUCGAAGAUCAGGAGUCAUUUGAAGCUUUGCGCAAGGCAGUUGAAGAUGAUAUCAACGUUCCAGACCAUCCUGUAUUACUUGAUAACCUAAACAUUUGUGAACUCACAUCUAAUGAAAAGCUUCCAACGUUAAAACUGGCAGAACUCAAACAGAUCUGUGAGAGACUUGAGAUAGCGGUAGAUGGGCCAUUAACAAGAAAGAAAAGCUUUAUAGUACCCAUCCAAACAUUUAUUUCUACGUGCUCUUGUGCGACAGGUAACACCCAUUAAAAACUCAUUAAUCAUUCAAGAGGUAAGCAACCAAACCAGAAACUCAAUUUGUACCACUUGCAGUACUUUGAAAUCCCGAGUCCGGCACAGAGUGCUUGGAUUUUUUUUUAAAUAAAGAAAAACAGCUUUCAAAGUACUCCAAGCAUCCAUCAUCUUACCAUCAAUGAGACCCCCGCUCAUGACAACCGGGUUCAAAACUGAAAAGCUGCACAACGAUCUGGUACUCGAACAUAACAGGUCGUUCGCGCAUGAGCACACAGGUUCAAUUACCCCUUCCGAAUGAUAAAUGAGUUUUUGAAUUCGUUCAAAGGCCCCCAAUUCGGACUUGACGGGGUUUCAAAGUCCACGCAAUUAGUUCCAGUCCUCAUUGACGGCCUUUAAACAUUACAU